AUGGGUCGACGCUCAGCCUGUCGGCAGACUGGGAGGUGCCGCCGGAAAGGAAAAGAGACGCCGGGACCAGCACAGAACCGCCAGCCACCAGGACCGUGGGUACCGAUGGAUAUCACGUCUACCUGGGGUUGGGCCCCCGAAGCUGUUGGCGGUGUGGCAACGAAGGCCACCGACGAGAACACUGCAGAGGGGAGCGGACCUCCCUUAACCACCGUCAGCCAGCGAGGAACCCCAAGCCGGAGCGGAUCCUCAGGAAGCAGGGCAGAGGCCGUACUCCCGGAUCUCCGGUUGAGGCCCGCCACACCGACGCCUGCACCGACGCCGGCACCGACGCCUGUACCGACGCCUGUACCGACGCCUGAACCGACGCCUGCACCGACGCACAUACCGGUACCGUCCAAACCGUCGCCGCCCACACCGUUGCCGACCCCACCGAAAAAAAAGGUGAAAGUAGAUUAA